CCGCGGCGCUUCCGGUGCGCGCAGGAGAACGGUGUCCGUGCGGGCCCGCGGGCGGCAGCGGUUGGGUUCCGCGCGGCGGCGGUGUGGGGAAGCGCCAUGGCGGCCGGUCCAUCGGGGCGCGCCUGGGGAGGUGCCGUCCUGCUCCUCCUGGCGCUGUGCCUGCAGCCGCCGCCCGCCCGCCCCCGCAGCCUCCGCUUCGUAACGCUGGUGUACCGGCACGGAGACCGCUCGCCCAUCAAGGCCUACCCGCGGGAUCCCUUCCAGGAGGCCGCCUGGCCCCAGGGCUUCGGGCAGCUCACGCAGGUGGGGAUGCGGCAGCAGUGGGAGCUGGGCCAGGCCCUGCGACGGCGCUACCGGGGCUUCCUCAGCGACACGUACCGGCGGCGGGAGAUCUUCAUCCGCAGCACAGACUGUGACCGGACGCUGAUGAGCGCGGAGGCCAAUCUGGCAGGUCUGUAUCCCCCGGAGGGACACCAGAUGUUCAACCCCAACAUCUCCUGGCAGCCUAUCCCUGUGCACACGGUGCCAGAAUCCGAGGAAAGGCUACUGAAGUUUCCUUUGACCCCCUGUCCACGGUAUGAACAGCUACAGAAUGAAACUCGGCACUCAGCAGAGUACAUAAAUAAGACCAAAGAGAAUUGGCAAUUCCUGCAGAUGGUAGCAAAUGAGACUGGGAUCCGGGAUGUCUCUCUCGAGGGUAUUUGGAGCGUGUAUGACACACUGUUCUGUGAACGAGCACACAAGAUGGAUUUGCCUGUAUGGGUGACACAAGAUGUCAUGACUCGGUUGAAGCAACUAAAAGACUUUGGGUUUGAAUUUCUGUUUGGGAUCCGCAGUCGGGUAGAGAAAGCUCGUCUGCAAGGCGGGGUCCUGCUGGAUCACAUAAGGAAAAACCUAACCAAAGCAGCAAAUGUUUCUGCCCACCAGAACCUGAAACUACUUGCCUAUUCAGCACAUGACACCACACUUGUGGCACUGCAGAUGGCUCUAGAUGUCUACAACAAGAUUCAACCACCAUACGCCUCAUGUCAUUUAUUUGAGCUGUACCAAGAGGAUGAUGGUAACUUCUCUGUGGAGAUGUUCUUCCGGAAUGAGAGCGGGAAGGAACCUUUCCCACUGACAAUCCCUGGCUGUCAGCAUAAAUGCCCAUUGCAAAGAUUCUUGGAACUCACAGAUGCCGUUGUUCCCCAGGACUGGAAACAAGAAUGCGAGGUACCAAGCACCAUGCGUGACACAGAACUGUUUGUAGGUCUGGCUGUGUGUGGAUCUAUUCUCCUUCUCCUUAUAAUCCUCCUCUUGACUGUACUCUUUCGCAUACAGUCUCAGCCCCCCGGCUACCGGCACGUUUCCAAUGACGGAGAAGAGCAGGCUUGACAGCUGCUUGAACUCCUUCCCAGGGAGUAGGAGGGAGAAGUGUUGCCCCUAAGGAUGAUUGGGCACCAUCAGUUACUGAGCAUUCUUCUGCUUUGGCUGUUGCUUCCCAGAGUGAAGCUGGAUUUGAUUUUUGGCUGCUUUCUAAAAGUGACGUCUCAGAGAGAGAGGACUGAGCUACUCUAAUGGAAAUGACACCUUAAUUCUGAAGCCAGUAUACUGUGUGGUGCCCGCAAUUCUCAUACACCUUCCGUAGUCAUAUUCCCAACAUGGCCAGUUGGAGCUGGUCAAGUUUUCCUCCUUUCAGUGAUUGUAAAUGUUAACACUCACCAUGACUGUGGCAGAGGUCCUUGGGCCUCCAGCAGCUGCCACAUCCAGUGCAGUCAGGAGUCGCUUCUCUCUUCAAGGUCAACCUGCUUUGAGUGAUUUUUCUCUCAAGCCGUUGGGCUGAUGAUGGUUGGAAGGCUGGGCUUGGAGCAGAGGGCACAGGUCACCAACAAUGCACCAAGACUCAUCUGCUGUCCAUGCAGAGGGAACUGCUGCAGAGGAUGGCACAGUGAAAAGUGUUUCUUGAGGCUGCUAAGUACCUGCUGCUGGCAACUAUCUUUUUUUCCCUCCUCACACUGUGGUUCAAGAGAGAACUGGCCUGAAAUCAGGACAAGAUCAAAAAACUGGCAGUAGUUUUUAGGAUUCAGCUCAGAGUGUAUGAUAUGAUCCAAAAAACCUCUAAGAGCAUCAUCAGAGAGAUGAAUUCCUGUAACCACAGCAAACCCGUACCCAAUUUCUAGUGCAACGUUGGCUCUAGAAAAGAGAGUCCCUGUAGAUAAGAAACCUGGGCCUGUCUCAAGAUUCAGCCUUUGAAUUCAACUUCCCCACCUCUGAACUUCAAGUACCUAUUACAGGGAGUAUCCUGCACUGCAGGCAAUCCAGAUUUCAGCUACAAGCGCCUUCUCCUGGGUUUAUGCUGUAAUUAAAGAGAUGUAGCAAAGCUGUUAACCUAAGACUAGAUUAAAUGGCAAGUUGUGUAGUUUUUCUUCCUAUCUUCCCUACUGGAUGGACAACAAACAAACAACACCCCCUCCCACCAUUAAGGAUUGGGAUUUGCAGGUGACUCUGGAUCUCUUUAUUUGCCGUGCUUUGGCAUUUUGUCCAAAGUGUGACUCUUCCUCCAGGCUGGCCUCUCUGCGCACUGCAGCUGCUGCAGGGAGUUUCAUGCCAAGUUCUCACCACUUGCCUUGCAGCCUUUGGCAGAAAGUGAGAGACUGCAGCAAGCACAAGCAGCACAGACUCUUCACGUGGUGAUGCUGCACAUUCACUUCCCACUUUUACUUCCCUUUCUGGUGCAGUUCCCAUCCCCUCUUGGCGGCAGAAGCCAGUUCUUAGGGUACAGACAUUUCCUUUUCUUCCCCUAUGGAGUACUGUGGGGACUUUUCCCUACUCAUAAUUGGCAUCUGCCAGCAUGGGAACUGUACAUCAGCAGAAGCAGCUUGCUGUUCUCAGCAUCUUCCUCACCUUUUUUGUCGUCUGAAGAUAUCAUCUAGGUCUCCUGCACAGCCAGACAGUCAUAAAGAAAAAGCUGCUGCCUGUGAGAACAGGCACAAGAAGGAGGUAAUCGAAAGUGCAUUUCAGAGGACCAGAUCUGUUAUUUUUAAAGGCAACAAAUUUUGCACACACAGAGGAAAGGUUUCUAUGAUGAUUUAGACAUUUUGACUGUGAAUGACUUUCUGUAAUUGUUCCAAUAAAUUUCCUUUUCAUUAUUAAAAUCAAAUUCACACUGAA